ACCACAUAUUAAAGCACCGGUUUUACCUUGUUUCCAUCGCCCCAUGAUGUGUAGAAAAGCUAUGACAGGUUCAUAUAUGGCAAAGCACACAGAAAAUUCAUCGAGAGAAAGAGAUGGGAGAUGAUAAAGAGGUGGUGUUGGUAACGGGUGGAACAGGAUUCAUAGCAUCAUGGAUGAUCAUGAGGCUGCUUCAACAAGGUUACACUGUCCGGACUACUAUCAGACCAAGAUCUGAUCCAGGGAUUCCUGGCAGCAAGAAGGACAUCAGCUUCCUGACCAACUUGCCGGGAGCCUCCGAAAACCUACACAUCUUCGAUGCGGACUUGAACGAACCGGAUAGUUUCGAGCCGGCUGUUGAUGGAUGCACCGGCGUCUUCCACGUCGCUCACCCGAUGGACUGGAUCGGCAAAGACCCGGAAGAGGUCGUCGUCCAAAGAUCCAUCCGAGGGACCUUGGGGAUCCUCGGAGCGUGCCUCAAGUCCAAGACUGUGAAGCGCGUGAUAUACACUUCGAGCGCCGCGGCCGUCAUGUUCUCGGGCAACGGCGAAGACACGGCGGACGAGAGCUCGUGGAGCGACGUCGAGUACUACAAGUCUCUGUUGCGUUUCGGCAAUUCGUACAUGGCGGCGAAGACGAGGACCGAGAAGGCGGCCAUCGAAUUCGCGGAAGAGAACGGUUUGGAUCUGGUGACUGUGAUCCCUUCUCUUGUUGUUGGUCCAUUCCUAUGUCCCGGUGCUCCAGGCUCCGUUCAUAUGGCAUUGGCCUUGAUCUUGGGCAACAGCGCCCAGUACAGAAUCCUGCGGAGAGCAAACAUGGUUCACGUCGAUGACGUCGCAAGCGCGCACAUCUUCUUGCUCAACCAUCCUGAUGCAAAAGGAAGGUACAUCUGUUCAUCAACUCAAGUAUCGCUCCAUGAAUUAUCCGAUUUUCUCUCCGCGAAGUACCCGAACUUCCAGAUCCCGACCCGAGAAGACCUAAAGGAUGUCGAAGGUCAUGACGUAUCUGGGCUCUCGUCGAAGAAGCUGUUGAGUUGUGGAUUCGAAUACAAGUGUGGCCUGGACGAGAUGUUUGACGAUGCGGUUCAGUCAUAUAGAGAAAGAGGCCUCCUUUGAUCCGUGCUUGGCUUUGUUAUAUUUGUACUGUGUGUAACGUACCUGUGGAUGAUUUAAUACAGAGAGUUGAUAAUAUGUUGCGACGUGCUUAUGGUUU